GACACCACGUACUCACUCUAGCCUGAGGAACAAAGCAACACUUCUGUAUCAAAAAAAAAAAAAGAACUCUUGCAACUCAAUAGUGGGAAGAUCACCCAAUUAAACAAAACAAAAUGGGCAAAAGAUGUGAACAUAUUCUUCACAAAAGAUCUAUACAUGGCUAAUGAACACACGAAAAGAUGCUGACCAUCAUCUGUUUUCAGGGAAAUGCAAAUUGUAACGACAGUGAGAUACUGUUGCACACCUGUCCACACAUCAGGUGGUGUGUUUGAGGACACAGCAGCAGAGCCCUCCCCACUGCUGGUGGGAAGGGGAAACGGUACAGCCACCGGGGAAGACGGUUUAGCAGUUUCUUUGAAAGCUACACAUCAGCCUCCCUGGGAUCCAGCCAUCCCACUCCUGGGUAUUUCCCAGGAGAAACCCAAGCAGCGUUCACAGAAAGACGUGUACGAGGAUGUCUGUAGGACUUGAGGACUCACAGUCGUCGAAAGGCAGAGACACCCCGGGUAUGCGGCAGCAGGCGAAUGGGUAAGGGAGAUGGUGCGGCCACACAGUGGAGGACCCUUCGGCCACAGAGCACAGCACUAGUGACACAGACGCAUCUGGAGGGCGUUAGGCUGGGCGGAAGCAGCCGGACACAGAGUGUGCGUAUCGUAUGAUCCAUUUAUGUAAAACUGCAGAGCACACAGGCUGAUUUGCAGGGAUAAGACCAGCUCAGUGGCUGCCUGGGGCCAGGGACUGAGGGAGGAGGGACCGCAGAGGGGUGCAUGUGGCGGCGACGCCCUGUCUUGGUUCUGGUGGCAGCUUCACGGGGGAGCAGUACAGUUUGUCAGAACUCACUUUAAGUGGAUGUGAUUUAUUUUAUGUAAAUUAUGCCUCAGUAAAGUUGACUAAAUAGCAGGUGAAAGGGUUGAUUGAAAUCUUGGGCUUUGAUUCCUGAACUGAAAUGGUGUUUGGUGACUCCGGGAUGCCUCUUAGGGUCCAGGAUGUCCAGGGUUUUCCGUGGGGUGGGGGAACAUGCUCUCUGCCCGCAGGUGUCAAAGGGACAAAAAGGAAAGACUUGAUCACGUCCUGUAGGUAGGGAGCGUGCUGCCACCGUGGCACCAGUAUGUCGCUAUCUACAAGGACUUCAUUCCCGUCAGGAGAAGAGGCGGGAGUCUGGGGAGAGCACGCAUGUUUAAUGUGUGGGUGCCUGAAACUGUUUAAAGAAGGCAGAUACCCCCGGAUCAGGAGGGGCGCUCAGGGAGGCUUUGCAGGACAGGGUUUUGGCUAUGGCCUGAACCCAGGGUAGAGUGACAUCCUGUUGAGGGGACUGCAGCUGCAGCCACCUCAGCCUUCACCCCCCUGCAGCUCACAGCUGCGCGGGGCCCACAGCCUUCUCUUCCCACAGCCCCAGGUGGGAAGCUGCCCACCACAGCGGCCAGUCGGAGAGCAGUUCCGCAUCCCCGGCCUAAGCCGAGGCGUCCUCCGUGCCUUCUGUCCGAGGACCCACCGGGAAGUGACGGCCGCUGCUGCUGACGUCAGUCCGAGUCGGAGGCUGCCAGCAGCUGCGUCGCCAGGUCCGCAGGGCUCCGCUUAGGCCCAUGAGCUCCGGCCACGCUGACCACUGACCACCCAGGGCAGGCAAGGGCCUGAUGUCGGUGGCUCCCACCCCAGAGGGGCAGGCCCCGCCCUCCUGGUCCCCCACAUGGCACUGCGGAGCCUCGCCCUCCUGGCCGGCCUUCUGCUGGGAGUUGCCACCAAGUCCACGGAAAGCAUGGCCCAGGAGCCCGAGUGCUGUGUGGACGUGGAUGUGGCGGACGCCAAUGCUACCUGCCCGGGCACGAGUCUCUGUGGCCCAGGCUGCUACAGGCGCCGGAACGCGGACGGGAGUGCCAGCUGCAUCCGCUGCUGGAACGGGACCUCUCUGGCCCACAACAGCUCCGAGUGCAGAAGCCUCGCCAGCCGGGGCACGCCACUCCCCACAGACAGGAGCGCAGGGAGCCCUGGACAGCCACAUUUAGGGGGUCCUCACGUGGCAGCCUCCCUCUUCCUGGGGACGCUCUUCAUCAGCUCCGGCCUCAUCCUCUCUGUGGCUGGGUUCUUCUACCUCAAGCGCUCCAGCAAGCUCCCCAGGGUCUUCUACAGGAGAAGCAAAGCCCCAGCCCUGCAGCCUGGAGAAGCCGUAAGUAACCUCGUCCCCCGGCUGAGUGUGCUCGGGCGGGUGCCCGUGCUGGGCCGACUCACAGUGUCUUUUUCUCCUUCUCAAGGCUGCGAUGAUCCCCCCACCUCAGUCCUCAGUGCGGAAGCCACGCUACGUCAGGCGCGAGCGGCCCCCGGGCAGGCCCACGGACCCCACCGCCUUCUCCUCCGUGGAGGCGCGCGUCAGCAACGUCUGACCGGCAGGACCGGCGGCACCACCCUCUGCUCAGCAGACGCAGAGCCCAGCGCGCAAAGGGCCGGCGCUGCCCAGGGCUGGGUGGGCAUCUGGCCGUGUGGAGGUCUCUGCUUCCGGGACAGGAGCAGGUGUCUGUGCGACCCCGGGCUGGGAGUGAGGCCGUGGGGGGUCUGGGCCCCCCAGGAGACAUAGCGAGCCCCCCCAGCCCCCAAACCUGCAGCCAAGAUGCAGGCCGAUCCGAACGGCCAAACCUGCCCGGCCUUCAGGGUCACCGGGCUGCUGCGGGGGCUCAGCCGCUGUGCGCUCUGGAGCCUGGUGGACAGGCCCCUCCCUCCGCACCACCACGUGGGGGCCACACGCCUCCAGGAGCCGCGGGAGCGAGGGUCCUCGCUUCCUGUCGGCCUCUUUUUGUUCUUAAGCAGAAAAGUCCUCUAGGCCCUGCUGUCCCUCUGAUCCCCACGCCCGGGCCAGGCACGGCCCAUCCUCAGCCACCCGGGGACGGGCUCUGCAGCUGCCGGGGCUCAAGGCCGGCACCCACGUCCCUCCCAUCCAAACCCCACAGGUCACAGGCCUCCCUGGUGGCCCAAGUCCCAGGGUCCUGCCAGCUGCCCAGGCCACCAGGUGCCGCUUCCACGCAGGCAGCCCUUGGGUCCCUGCAGAGAAAGGAGCCUUGGUGGCACCGGCCGCACCCUGGCUGGGCGCUCAGUGGUGGGUGCAGGUCCUCUGCUGUGACCGGCAUCCUCUCUUUUAAAGUCCAGUCCACGUCUGAGGGUGGCCCGACUGGGGGCCCCAGGCUCCUCUGCACAUGACUCCGUACUGCGCUCCCCGAUACUCGGGCUGGGGGUGCAGCCGGGGGUGGGAAUGGCCGUGUGAAGGCGCGUCAAGUAAACUGCAUUGGGAGCUGUUUCUUCCACAGCCA